AUUCUUGAUCGUUCACGGUCGAGAUCAGACGUACAAGACUGUCUCUGCAAACGGCGUGAGGCGUUCGCCUCUCGCUUUCGCUCUUCAAGCAAUAGAUCAACCUAUUGCUAAUCACUUGAAGUCGUAAUCGCCUCAAGAUUGGAGCUCCCGCAGGCAUACAUCGGGUUCAGAAUUGAAAUGGGGACUAACAUCAAGUACGCAGUAGUGCAAUGAAUGACGUGGGCGUAUGAAGUUUCACGACUGUUCAAUUUUGAAGCCUACGUACAGUUACCAGAGAGGAAGCGCGGCUGUGUGGCUGUUCGCUGAUGCACACAUAGCUGCAAUGCAAGGGCAUGCAAGCGUCACCGAGCCAGUGCUCAACAGCAAGGUAGUUCUCCUCGUGCUGCUACAUUACUUCGUGAUCAGCGGCAACUCUGCGCCCACUACCCAAGGGCCUGCUACGACGGCGACUCCAUCAGGCACACUAUUGUGCCCUCAAGGCUACGGCAAGUGGUUUCAAGUCAACGCGACUUACUUUGUAUGUCAACCAUGUGUCGACGGACACAAUUACUCUGCCGUAGCCGAUGCCACGAGCAAAUGCCAGCCGUGCCACAGCGAGAGUUUGAAGUGCGAACCGCAUGAGUUUAUCUUGCCAUGCACCGCAACCUCCCCGGCUGUGUGUUCUUCCUGUCAUUCCGGAAUGUAUAUAAAUCAACUCCUGUCGGCGUGCAUAGGUUGUACUGAUUCAUGCAGCGCGGAUCAGAUAGAGACCACGCGCUGCACGGACAAGAGUAAUCGCUACUGUGCGAAGAAGCCGUUCAUUCCGCUCUGGUCUCCUGAUGUAGAGCCACAGCAGAUAUCAAGCCCGUCAGCUUCAGUGCCUACAACGGCCGACUUUGUCACGAAAAACUUCGCUUUAACCCCCAAAACUGAGUCGCCAGCCGACCCGGAUAGUUUGGGAUUGUCUGCAGGACUCAUUGGUGGGCUAUCGGGUGGCGGAGGAGCAUUGCUCAUCAUCAUAGUAUUCAUCCUUGUCCUCGCCAUCUACUCUCAGAAGCAUCCAACAAGAGAAGCUGUUGUCGAUCCAGGGCCUAAGGUAACAACCAUCGCUGUCUGUCAAGGCGUUGACCCAUACCGGUAACUGUUACCGGAAAGUUUAGUUUUGUAUAUAGUUUUCUAGCGGUUUUUUUGUAUUGCCUUGAACCAGCACAUAAACAUACUGUAUAUAUUAUUAAUUUUGUGUUUAGCCUGAUAGACGCACCUGUCCAGUGGCCACUGUAACCCUCCCCCCCCCCCCCUCGCGCCGUCCCAUUGCUGCACACCUUGCCUGCUUAGAUAACAUGCAUUUGCUGCAGUAUAGGAUUUCUUCCUAGUUGAGAGUAUUCACUGGUUGUCAUUUCAGUAUCCCUACUCACCCCAAGCCUCACUCCAAGGGCCUACAUGUAUGUGCAUCACACAUUGCCCAUAACCACCAUUCAUUUCAUUUGAGAACAUGUAACAUGUACUGUUUGACUACAUCUAUCCGAAGUAGUCACUGACAGAUCCUUAAGAUAAAUUGUGCUAUCAAAAUGAGCCGCUGUGCGUAGAUUGUGGAUUUCUUGUGAUUCUUUUGAUAACAUUUUUUUCUAAUUGUCUGCCAACUCCAACGCAGCCACUUACACAUUUAGAAAACGUCACAUCGCUACUCCAAACUUUAAAAAAAAUGGUCUCUUCAUUGCGAUUCAAAUAAAAAAUAUUUUGGUAACAAUCAUUACCAAUACUA